GGGGCGUGGCUCAUUGGAGCGGUCCAUUUUCUCUCUCCCCCCCUUUCAACAAAUGUAUGGGUCGUUUGGGCUGGUCUAUUUUCCUAUAACAGGACGUGGAAGAAGAGGAGGUUGUGUAGAAGCUAUCUGACAACAAUAUUAUCUUCAUCAUCAUCAUCGUUCAUGCUGCUGUUAGGGGAAGGGGCCGUCGCUCAGUGGCAGAGCCUUGCAAGCAGAACGUCCCAGUUCCAGAAGGCCGAAUCUGAUCUGGAUUACAUUCAGGCAAUGUUGGAGUUUGAAAUAAUUAAAGGGCUCCCUAAUGGACUGUCUCAAGAGGAGAAUCCUCUGGUUGUCGUACAGCAGCUGUCCGUGGUGAAGUCUCGCUACAAAAUGUUAUGUGAGCAGCUAGAAAAGAUUUCUGCCGAGCGGCGGGAGUCCAUGAAGUCGAUCCGUGCUACUCUUGCCAAAACAGUGAAGCUGGUUCAGGAAAUCCAGCACCACACCGGUAUGGAGAUCUCGCCCCUAUCUGAAGAAGAUCAACUUGCAAUGCAACACUUGUGCCAGGCUCCUGACGUGACAUAUGCCCCUGCACAACAGUUGCACAGAUGUCCUUCAAAACCUGACUACAAAACAUGCUUUGGGCUCUUGCUUGGGUGGGAUGAGACUGCCGUGAUCAGACCCGAGGUACUGAGGCAUGAACAGCUCCAUCUGCAGCUGUGUCUCACAGGCAUGCCCCAUUUGAUCCUGCAGUCGUUGAGCAAGUAUGGGUGUGUGAAUUCAGAAUUGUCCAAAAGAACACGAAAGCCACUGAUUCCAGGCUAAAAUUAAAAAAGAAAAACCUUGUCAGCGAGAGAGAGCUCAUCGGAGUUGGAAAUGGACAAAGCCACACCUUAAAUGUGUGAAUUGUUUGUGUUUUCUUUCUCUAUUGGUACCCAUCGAUCUUGUACCUACUGCCUAAAAAGUUGCUCGAUGAGCAGCGAGUGGACCAUUUUGUAGUGAUGGUGUUCACGUUCAUAUUGUGAUGGUGUUGCUGUUGUGCUGUUCAAGAUGCUUCCAGCCAGAACCUGUGGCUCUCCAGAUGCUUCAGAACUCCAACUGCCCUCAUCCCUGUCUGUCAGCCAAGCGUGCGAGGGCUGAUGGGAGUUGUAGUUCACCAACAUCUGGGGGGCCACAGUUACCCCACUCCUGAGUGUGAAUGCUUCCUCCCAAACAGUAGCAUUAAAAUUGCGUAGCUGGUUGGAAGUAUAUGCUGUGGAAUAACUGUCGAAAACAGUAUUGUUACAUUGCACUGUGAUCCUGUGAACUGAAAGUUGGGGUGAAUCUCCCAAACACGCAUUCCAUGCCUUUUAAAAAUUAUUAGAAAAUUGGAUGAAACUAGACCUUUAGGUGUUCUCUUUUGUUCUGGAAUGACUUAACUCGGCGGUCACAUUUCUAACCCUGAGCUAUUCAAGGGGGCUGGUGACUGACAGUGGGAGUCCAUUGUUUGGCUGCCUUCCUCCCAUUAUAGGGCCAGGUGCCAGUACAUCUGCAUAAGCCCCAUCCUCUUUGUGGAAUACAUGGGUGGGCCUAUGGCAGAGGUGGUCCUCCAGAUGUCCUGUCAUCCCUGACUGUUGGCUGCUGGGAGUUGGAGUCCAGUGGCAUCUGGAGGGCCAGAGGCUGCCCAUCUUUAGCCUGUGGGCGUAAUUUAACAGACCUGGUCCUGGAAAAAAGCCCUAUGGGCCCCAAUAAGUCAAGGUGCUAUCCUGCAGAUGUACAAACGACCUUUAAAUUAAGUGGCACUUCCAUUCUACGUGAACAUGGAUAGGAUAAGCUUUAUGUACUUUAGGGCUGGGGUGAGGACUCUGUGGCCGUCCAAAUGCUCUGGGACUCUUGACUCCCAUCAUCCCUAGCCAGCGGCCAUGCUGGGAGUUGGAGUUGAAUGACAUUUGGAGGACACCCCAUUGGCUAUCCCUGCUCCAUGCUAAGUCAGUCUCCAGCAGACAGCAUACGAUGAACAGAAGCUGUCCUUGGCGCAUUAAGAUUUCCAUCUUUCCCCGUCUUCAAACAAGAAGUUGGGUUUGGAGUGGUACUUCUGGUAUAUUAUUCAAAGCCGUAGCUGCGAACUUUGGAACAGUAGCCAAAUUUAGAGUUUUUCCUUAAGUUUUUUUUUUAAAUGUGCUUAGGAACAAUAAAGAUAAAUGUAUGGCAUCACAAAGGGUUGGCAUCCUUUUU